AUGUUGCAUGGAUUACCGUACCAGUCUAGGAAUGCUACUUCCACUCCCAAUAGAGCAGAUGAAGCUCCUACCAGUGGGUUAGUGCCAUCAGAGCAAUCACAAACUAGUUCUACGAGUUCAAUGACUGAACCUGGUAGUUCUGUCGCGGUUCACAAUGCAUGUACAAGUACCCAAGUCUUAUUAGCCACCGCAGUUGUUAUGGUGCAGAACAGUCGCGGUAAAAGGUUUCCAUGUCGCGCCAUAUUGGACAACGGAUCACAAAUCAACAUAUUGACACAAAAAAUGGCCAGGCGCUUAAACUUGGACGUUAAAAAUGCCAUGUUACCAAUUUGUGGAAUUAAUGGGGUUAACACAAGGUCAUCUCAAUGGACAAAUUUAUCUUUCUUCGCUGUUCACUCUCCAUUCAGUAAAACUAUUGGUUGUUACAUAUUGCCAGCUAUAACGGUCUCGUUGCCGUCACGGUCCUUCGACGUUAGUGGAUGGAGUCUACACGACAAUGUACGAAAUGCGUUGGCCGAUCCUGAGUUCAACAUAUCGUCAGAAGUAGAUUUAUUAUUAGGCGCUGAGAUAUACUAUGAGCUAAUUCGUUCACAGCCGUUGGUGAUGCCAGGAGGUUUGCCUUGGUUGUACGAUACGGCUCUUGGUUGGGUAAUUUCGGGCCCUUUGUCAAAGAAUGAUGAUCAUAGCGUUGUCGAGGUAUCCACCGUCUGUGCACUAGGAACAACCACUGCGUGGAUGAAUUCAGAACCAUUAAUCAGGCAGACGAAACAUGAGGAGGAGUUAGCGUUUGAGAGAUAUUUUCAAGACACUCAUAGUCGAUUAGCGGAUGGGCGUUUUGUCGUUCGACUACCGUUUCGAAAAGAACCAUCAGUGCUUGGGGGUUCAAUGAAUAUGGCUCUCAAACGAUUCCUGACACUUGAAAAAAAAAUGUGUAAUAAUUCAGAAUUGGCAAGGGAGUAUAAAAAUUUUCUCAAGGAAUAUGAAGAGAUGGGUCACAUGUCAAAAAUAGAUGAUACCGUUGCAACACCCGGUACUUAUUAUUAUAUACCCCACCAUGCGGUGUAUAAAGAUUCAAGUAGCACCACCAAGUUGCGAGUUGUCUUCGAUGCUUCUAUGAAAACCACUACUGAUUAUUCUCUGAAUGAUAUUCUGAUGACCGGUCCUGUCGUGCAACAAGAGCUUUUCGAUAUAGUGCUGCGUUUCCGUUACUAUUUGUACGUGGUUACUGCAGAUGUCGCCAAGAUGUACCGUCAAGUCCUCGUCCAUGAGAAUGAUCGACAUUUUCAAAGAAUAUUAUGGCGCGAUGCACCUGACAAGCCUUUACAACAUUAUGUACUUAAUACUGUAACCUAUGGGACGGUUCCCGCUUCGUUUUUAGCCACUAGAGUUCUUAAGGAGUUAGCACUGGGCAGCGCUGCUGAUUAUCCUAAGGCAAGCUUAUCAAUACUACAAGACUUUUACAUGGAUGAUUACCUUAGCGGUGCUGACAGCAUGGAAGAUAUAAAGACCAUGUAUCAGGAGGUUUCUAAAAUAUUAGAAAAUGGUGGUAUGCAACUGCGUAAAUGGUGUUCAAAUGCUGAGGAAUUACGCGAGCAUUUCGCGUGUGCUUCUACGGAAAAGCAUUAUUCUUUAGAACUUAGCACGGAUAUGACAGUGAGUUCUCUAGGGCUUAUUUGGUGUCCCAUAACUGAUGAAUUGAAGUUCUUGAGUAAGGAAAGAACAGCAAGAAGCGUUAAAACCAAAAGAGAUUUGCUAUCAACACUAAAUAGCGUAUUUGACCCACUUGGCUUUUUAGGUCCCGUCUUAAUCCGAGGAAAGGUGUUUCUGCAAGAAUUGUGGCAGAUCAAUUUGAAUUGGGACGAUGUUCUGCCCGAAGAGUUGCAAGUCAGGUGGGCUACUUAUAUUCAAGAGUUAGAAGGACUGCACCAGUUAAGGAUACCUCGUGCGGUUAAAACGGAUGGUCAAGGCACAAUGGAACUACAUGGCUUUUGUGAUGCGUCCCAAAGUGCUUAUGGUGCUUGCAUUUACUUACGUCAGCAAAUCGGGCUAAAUUCAUGGACAGUUCGAUUAUUAUGUGCCAAAUCCCGGGUUGCGCCUACCAAAACUUUAACUAUACCACGAUUGGAACUUUCCGGCGCACUGUUAUUAGCUGAGUUAAUGAAUCGAAUCGUCAAAUUGAGCAAUUUUAAUUCAAAGGACGUGUAUUGUUGGUGUGAUUCAACGGUGGUCUUAGCUUGGAUUCAGGGUACUCCCGCCCAAUGGAAGACGUACGUGGCUAAUCGUGUUACUCAAAUUUUAGAUGCGAUCGGCAAUGAAAGGUGGAGACACGUUCCUACCGAUUGUAACCCCGCAGAUCCCCUUUCGCGUGGAAUAAAUGUAGACGCGUUGUUGUCGUCGGACCUAUGGUGGAAUGGUCCUAUUUUUCUUAGAGGCGUCGAAGAAGAUUGGCCAAUCACAUACGAAUCAUACACGGUUUCUAAAGAAGUGUCAAAUGAACGACGGCCUGUUAAGUUUACUCUCACAACGACUGCUCCCGUAGAUAAUAGGUUACUUCAAUAUUUUUCGACCUGGCACAAGUUGUUGCGCAUGACUGCCAUAUGGAAGCGGUUUAUUGCCUGGGUCCGUCGUAGAACGAAACCUACAUCACCUCAACCAGGAACAGGUCCUCUUAGUGUUAUUGAGCUUAAUGACUCACGUGAUAUCUGGAUUAAAUUUGUUCAGCAACAGGCUUUUUCAGCAGAGAUACAAGAAUUAAGCAAGGGUAAUUUCGUAACUAAGGGACCGUUAAAAAAUUUAUCGCCGUUCCUCGACAAAGGGAUAUUGCGAGUUGGAGGUCGUUUGAAACAUUCUGAAUUAGAUUUGAACCAGAAACAUCCAGCGUUGCUACCACGCAAUCAUCGAGUGACUCAAAUGAUAUUCGAAGCCUACCAUAAGAAGUUCCUACAUAUCGGUCCUCAAGGUUUACUAGCAAAUAUUCGUGCACAUUUUUGGCCAUUAAGAGGCAGAGACCUAGCACGCAUAACCGUUAACAAAUGUAUAAAAUGUUUUCGAGCGAAGCCCAUUCCAAUGCAACCAUUAAUGGGACAGUUACCAGCUGCGCGAGUGUCCGCAAAUCGGCCGUUUACGCACACUGGAAUUGAUUUCGCCGGUCCUAUUAUGAUUAAGGUUGGAAUACGUAAGAGCACAUUAAUUAAGACUUAUGUUAGUGUGUUUGUUUGUCUAUCUACUAAAGCUGUACAUCUCGAGCCCGUCAGCGAUUUGAGUGCCGAUGCCUUCAUGGCUUGUUUACGACGUUUCAUUUCACGACGAGGUUUGCCAUCUCAUAUCUGGUCUGAUAAUGCCACUAAUUUCGUGGGAACUAAACGGGAAAUAAUCAAAUAUUAUGCAAAACAAAGGUCCGGAAGAACUGUAUAUGAUGAACUGCUUGAUGAAGGUAUACAAUGGAUUUUUAUACCACCAUCAGCGCCGCAUUUUGGAGGCGUUUGGGAAGCGGCCGUCAAGUCUUGUAAGUAUCAUUUGGUACGCACUAUUUUGGGCACGAGUUUUAAUUUUGAAGAGUUGUGUACCGUACUUGCUCAAGUUGAAGCGUGCUUGAACUCAAGACCCUUAACACCGUUAUCUUCAGAUCCGUGCGAUUUUAAGGUUCUAACACCUAGUCAUUUUUUAAUUGGUGGACCUGCUCAGGUGAUACCAGAACCGGAUCUUUUGGAUAUACCAGCAAAUCGAUUACGAAAAUGGGCAUUGAUGCAAAAAACAAUGCAAGACUUUUGGCGUAGAUGGAGAAUGGAAUAUUUGUCUUCGUUACAGGUGAAGAAUAAGUGGUUGAAGGAUGAAAAACCUAUUCCUAUUGGAUCCUUAGCAAUUUUAAAGGAAGAUAAUGCACCCCCAUUAAAAUGGCCUAUGGUAAGAAUAGAAGCUGUGCAUCCGGGAAGGGACAAGAUAGUUCGAGUGGUUACGGUAAGACUAGCCAAUGGUAACCAGCUAAAACGACCUGCUGUCAAGAUAUGCCCAUUGCCCGAUUCUUAA